AUGGCCGGCGACAAGAUCCCGACGCUCGCGUCGCUCGAGCGGCCAGAAAAGUACCAGAACCUGCUGAAGGAGGACCGCGGCGACGACUGUCUGCCGUGCCGUGUGAUUGGCGGCGGAGCGUUUCUCGGCCUCGGAGCCUACAGCUAUAUCUCCGGCCAGGCACAGCUCGAGCAGCAGCGUGCGGCCAUCCUGCAGAGCAAGUCCAUGUUUGGCAUGCGCAGCCGCAAGUUUGGCAUUACCGGCAUCUCGCUGGGACUUGUCUGGCUGGGCGUGUGGCGGCUGUUUGCGUUAGGGGACAGUGCGGGUGAUCUCACACACUGUACUAUCUACUGGAAAAGUCUUCGAACAAGCAGCAGCGUUGACGACGACCACAUCCCCGCAAAUCUCAUUCUUCGCUACAAACAUCGUGAUCGGCCGAGCACCGGGACACGUAAGGAACUGUGUCUACGAACCUAUAUGCCCAUCACCAUCCUCCGGCCCGAGCGGCCAGCGGCUCGGCGGUUUGUCGCGGCCGCCAACGACGGCUCAGACGACUCGGACGCCAGCGACAACGGGGGAGCAUCUGUGGGACGGGCAGCAGCAGCAGCAGCGGCGAGCAGCCGGAGGAACCGCAAGCGGAGGCGAGGUGGCGAUGGGGGAGACGAGAUCGUGACGCCGGGCGAGGUGGUGACGGAAGAUGCCAAAUGGAUGCGCGGCCACGGCACCUAUGCAGACGAGUCUGGCGCCGGCAUCGUCAGUUCGCUAGCCGGCACCGUCAUGCGCACCAACCGGCUGCUGUCGGUGCGUCCGCUGCGUGCCCGCUACGCGCCCGAGGUUGGUGAUCUGGUUGUCGGCCGCAUCGUCGAGGUCCAGGCCCGCCGCUGGCGCGUCGACGUGGGUGCCGCCCAGCUGGCAGCCCUGCCGCUCUCGGCCAUCAACCUGCCUGGCGGCGUGUUGCGCAAGCGUACCGAGACCGACGAGCUGCAGAUCCGUUCUUUCUUUGCCGAGGGCGACCUGCUGCUGGCCGAGGUCCAGCAGAUCUUUGCCGACGGUGCCGCCGUCCUGCACACCCGCUCCCUUCGCUACGGCAAGCUGCGCAACGGCGUCUUUGCUGCCGUCGCCGGCGGUGGUGCUGGCGCUGGCGCCGGCGUCGUCCGUGCUCGCCGUCAGCUCUGGACCAUCGGCCGAGGUGGUGGUGGUGGCGAUGGGGGCGGCCUCGACGACGACGACGACGACGACGAUGCCCAGAACGAGAUGCUCCAUGAUCACGGUCACGAGACCAGUCACGUGGUCUCGGCUCUCGGCACCGGCGCCGGCAAGAUCGACGUCAUCCUCGGCGUCAACGGCUACGUCUUCAUCGGCGCUCACGUCGCGCCGCCAUCGCCCGACGCUGCGGUUGAUGCGGCUGGCGAUGCUGGCCGGUCUGCCACACACACCUCUCAUGCCUCGCACGCCGCCCCAGGCCCCCCUUCGGCCGUCGGGCUCAACAACAUGGAGGAGGCCGUCAGCGCGGCCAUCUACUCGAGCCAGAACGACCCUGUCAGCCGCGAGACCAUGCGCGAGAUCGCCCGGCUGCGCAGCGUCGUGUCCAUGCUCGUCGAGCACCGCCUGCCCAUCGACGAACCCAUGGUCAUGCGCGCGUACCGCGAGGCCAUCGACUUGGCCCACCUGACGCCCGACCAGGCCGACGACGACGUCUAUCUGGGCGGUGACCGCGGCGACAAGCUGGCUGCCGUGCUCGCCGGCAGGUGA